AUGAAGAAGCUUUUGUUAUCCUUACUGGGAAUAGAAAGUAUAUGUGGCUACUCGAUGCACGACCUGAACAAUAAUGAAAACACGUGGGAGAUUGCAGGGUGUCACAGCCAACCGAUUCGCGCAGAAACGAACGAAAAAUUUAUCGUCACAAGUGGAUUUCCAAAUAUUUACUCGCAAAGGAUGGAUUGCACAUGGAAAAUCCAAACUAAGCCAGGCCAGAAGAUCGAAAUCACCUUUCCCCAUUUCCAAGUCGACUUUUGUCAAGCAGCUGGUGUUUCAGUCUACGACGGCCAAAAACUCGAAAGCAAAAAGGUCGACACGUACUGCGGGAUUGACAAUCCUGAUACAUUCACUUCCUCGGGCAACGAGGUCCAGAUUCAGGCUUAUCAACAACAGUCAAACAACCCCGGAAACGGAAUCUACUUGAUGAUCGGCUAUCGAAUCGCCCCAGAAGCACCUCGAACGCCGCCUCCGUCUCAAGUUCAGCAGAUGAUGAUGCCUGGUCUCAACCCCGGCCUCAAUCAGAACCAGAUUCUUAUGGCUUACGGGGGAGCUGCUUUUCCCCAACAAGCUUACGGGCUUCAGCCAGUUGGGCUCGCAGGUGGUUAUCAAAUUAUUGGCCGAGCUACUACUCCUCCACCACCGCCACCUCCUCAACCAAGAACACCAGCCCCAAAACGAGCUCCAAAGAAAAAGGCGCCUCCAAAGAAGAAGAAGCCGUCAGCUAAAGGAGACUACAUCAAAGCUGGAAUUCAAAGAAAUCUUGCUGCUGAAGCUCGCGCCCGAGAAGCCGAACUCGAAAAAGAACGCGAAAUCAAAGCCAAGGCCAACAAGGUUCUGAAGAAAAGGCUUGUCUUCUUGAUCAUCGGUCUGGUCAUCGUUACAAUCGGAAACGUGUGGUUCAUUCUUCACAGAAGAAAGAUCGCGCUCGAAAAAGAAGCGGAAAAACUGGGCGAGAAGAAGGGUGGCCUUUCUAGCGACAGUUGUAAAAGUGACGAGCCGAUUUACUCUUCGCUGGAUCAGAUCUGA